AUGAGUAAACAAAAUUUCAUGGAAUCAUUGAGGCAACUGGUAUCGCAUUGCUUGAUCAGAAGAACAUUUUUUGGGUAUCCCCUAGCUAAAGCAGGUUCUGGUCUGGUCCAGCAGACUAAAGACGUUUAUUUGAGGUUCUGCAGACCACGAAGUUCUACAACAGCUGCUGAUGCAUCUGGAGAGGACAUCUUACUCAAAUGGGGCCUUUUCCUGGUCCCUGUGACCACGUUCUGUCUCGGCACUUGGCAGGUUCAGCGACGAAAGUGGAAAUUAGAUUUGAUUGCACAACUGGCAUCAAGAAUUACAUCAGAGCCCAUCCCUCUGACAUUAGACCCCAUGGAAUUGAAGGAAUUGGAGUACAGACCUGUAAAGGUCCGAGGGCAUUUUGACCACUCCAAGGAGCUCUAUAUUUUGCCACGGUCACUUGUGGACCCUGAGCGAGAAGCCAGAGAAGCCGGGCGGCUGACAUCCCACCCAGAAAAUGGAGCAAAUGUCGUUACUCCUUUCUACUGCACAGAACUAGGGGUCACGAUUUUAGUCAACCGAGGAUUUGUGCCCAAAAAGAAAUUGAAACCGGAGACCAGGCUGAAAGGACAGAUUGAAGAUGAAAUUGAUCUCACUGGGGUGGUGAGGUUAUCAGAAACCCGGAAACCUUUUGUGCCUGAAAACAACAUCGAGAAAAACCGCUGGCACUACCGUGACCUGGAGGCUAUGGCAAAGGUGACCGGUGCUGAGCCCAUCUUUAUCGAUGCAGAUUUCAGAAGCACAGUCCCAGGGGGGCCCAUCGGAGGCCAGACAAGAGUGAGCCUGAGAAACGAGCACAUGCAGUACAUCAUUACCUGGUAUGGCUUAUGUGCUGCAACUUCAUUCUUGUGGUACAGAAAAUUUAUACAAAAAAUACCUCUGUGAGAGGAAGGGGUAAUUUCUUCUCUUCCAUGCUACAGUCAAGAGCAGACUUUUAUAGAAGACAGCAGUCCGAUCAGUCCUGAAUAACUGAAGUGCCCAGUUUCAGGGCAACAUGUUGAGUAAACGUGUGCAGCUAUCAAGCUGCAAAUAGACUUUAAGCAGCGGUGCAGGCUCUGAGCUCCUAGCAGUGCGGUGACUCUGGCUGCAGCUUGGAAGCACCGAACUUCAAAAUUGUAAGUGGCAGUCGAGCCUUCUAGUGAAGCUGAUUUAUGCAGUAAUCUCAAGGAUACAUUUUUCCAUUGUGGUUGGUUGUAAGCUACAACAUUUUAACUUCUCCACUGCUGUAUUUUCCAAAAGACGGCAAGGGUGUUGUGAAUCAAAGUUUCUUUGCCCUGAGUAGUCAUUCCUGAAGUCAGGAGUGGUUCACAGCAGUUGCAUCAGAAUAAAUAAAGAGGGCUUAUAGGUGCUCACGUUGUGACUUGC